UUGCGGGUAGAGAACAGAUUUAUCACCAAUUGUGAGUCGUCGCGUUUACGGCUAGACGGGUAGCGAGAAGUUUUAAAGCAUUCAUAGAUGGUAGUGCGAUGCACUUUUCACUAGAAAUGGUCGAGCGAUUGAGACCGUUGCUUGUGUAUAAACAAGUUUUUAUUGCGUUCGUCCAGCUACAGGUAACGGACCGUCUUAUCGCCGAUAAGAAACUGUUGUGUAUCGACGCAGUAUUCAAGGCUUAGCGAACCGCGGGCAGUUUCAGUCGGAUUGUCAGCUGCCUCGAGCGUGUACCGGCAGUUUGUUCGUUUCUUAUAAUUUGUAUUAAUGUUACGGACGUGUUUGAUAUUUUGCUAAUCGAGCGAGGGCAGUUCAGAAAACAUAUAUUGGUGCGUGUGCGACUGAUGUGCGAUCGGCCAUUGAUGUAAUCCGUUUUUAAGGUAUUUCUUGUUUACCAAUCUAGUGCACCCUCGUAUAUUGGUAUGUCACCGCGCGAUUUCAUUGCGCACACUCAGCGCACGGCGCAAGCACUUUCGGCGCACACGGCUUAAUUCAAGACGAGAUGAGUCAUGAGUAGUCAGUUUGAUCGCACGCGUUCCUCGGGAAUCGUCGCCGUGUUUCUUGUGAAUUUGAUUCGGUCAAUCGCGUUGCGUUGUUCUCUCAUUUAUUGUUUAUUCGAAUCCAUGCCAUAAAUUAAACUUGUAUCAUCCGCGUUUCCACUUGUUUUGACGGAUGUGCCGAUAUUUGUACUGUGAACUCGCGACUCGCCAUUAUCCUUUUGAUAGAAUUCGGUCAACUAUUUCAUUCGAUCCAGCAUUAACAGCAUAGACUGCAAACCAAGUGAGACAACUUAUGGUUAUUUUAUGGCACCGAUCCACAGGGGUUUUGCAACUGAACCUAACACCGUAGAAGAACCAUUCCUUCAUCAGAAUGGGUUUUGCACAUGAACCUAACAUCGUAGAAGAACCAUUCCUUCAUCAGAAUGGGCUUUACACCUGAACUAGACAUGGUAGGAUUAGCAGAUUGUAGGGGCUUUAAACCUGAACCUGACAUUGUAGGAGAACCAUCCUUUCAUCAAAUUGCAGGGAUGUUGCACUUGAGCCCAACAUCGUGCGAGAACCAUUCUUUCAUCAGAACAAAACAAAUUUUGGCUAGUUUUACGGGUUUUGCACAUAAACCUGACAUCGUAGGAGAACUAUUCUUUCAUCAGAUUGAGAACCAUUCUUUCCUCAGAUUGAGAACCAUUCUUUCAUCAAAUUGCAGAGAUUUUGCACAUGAACCUGACAUUUUAGGAGAACCAUUCUUUCAUCAGAUUCUAGGGGUUUUGCACCUGAACUUGACAUCGCAGGAGAACCAUUCUUUCAUCAGAUUGGAUUUUGCACAUGAACCUGAAAUCGUAGGAGAACCAUUCUUUCAUCAUAUUGCAGGGGUUUUGCAUCUGAGCCCGACUUCGAAAGAGCAUCAUUGUUUCAUCAGAUUCGUGCGUAUCUCAACAGCGAUAGUGACCUCGUGUCGUUGCUGUCGGCUGUGCAACUCAAGGCAUACGCAGUUCCAUUUUGGUUGUCGAGUGAAUCGCGCGUUUUCAUUGCGACUACUUUUUGUUCUUCCAAUUAUAAUUAGAUAAAUUGCGGAAUGUUCAAUUAACGAUUGACGAAAUGUACUGUAAUCGGAUGUGAAUGUUGUUUUUGCUAGUGAGAUAGCAUGCGAUGAAUGUUCAUCAAUCGCGGAGUUAUCGGUGGUUCACCUAUGCGCGUGUGAUGUUGCGUCGGCGGUCGGCGAUUGCUUUUCGCUUGUGGAAUUACGUUGCACUCGUGUUAACCUAUGUGUAAAUAACCUGCGUGUCCACACAAACUUAAUAAUAAUUUGGGUUUAUGUUUAAUUAAUAUAAAUAAACAACGUUGAUGCCUGUUGAAGAAGUAUAGGAGCACUUGUGCCAAGGAGCCUACCACUUCCCUUGCAGAAAUGUUAGAGAUGCGCGUAUUAUUACAAGGCAAGUUUUACUCAAGUUUUACUCAGAAUAUUUAAGAGCUGUCUAUGAUUUUCGAUUUUAAAAAAUGUAUGUAGUUUUUAAUGUUGCUAAUAAAUCAUAAUGUAAUAUUA